CACUUUUGACGCAACGUAUCUUAAAGCAUUUUUUUCCUUUCUACACUCUUCCUCACUCCGCUUAUCCCAUAUCUUUUAUUCUGCUGUCAUUUGUCCGCCUGCUUGCUUCCUCUUACGCAUAGUGGUGUAUAAUGAGCUAAACAAAGAUGGGCAUCAACAAAAAUCUCUUCAGUGACCCAGAGCAUCUGCCUUCUGGACUCAUUUGUCCACUAUGCGCCAACAUCUUUCUUAACCCAUAUCAAGUUUUUUGCAGUGAAGACCAUGUUUUUUGUGAAGCAUGUUUGGAGGUUUAUAUUGAUGAUUAUCUUCAAAGCAAUCAACUAAAGGUUUUGCAGGAGACUGAUCAAGAGCAACAAUCACAAUCACAUUUGUCUCGGCCAAUACAGCACCCAAUGAUUACAACGUCUGAUCAGGAAGCACAAGAAGAAGAACAUGAAGAAGAAAGGGAGGAAGAAGAGAAGGAGAGGCCCAUUGAGUCACCAUCUUCAUUAAAUGAUACCAUCAGUGUAGAGUGCCCUGAAUGUCGAAGAACAGCACAAGAUUCUGCUUCAAGAAUUAAGCUUUGUAUCAGUUCAUUUCGACCAGCGAAAUAUCUGGCGAGAAUGAUUGAUGCACAGCGUUUACGGUGUCCAACGACUAUGAUGAGAUCAUGCCAAUGGAUUGGAGCUAUGAAAGAUAUGCAUACGCAUCUUGAUGUGUGCGGAUUUGCCAUAGAAACACUAUGCCCUCACCGCCAAUAUGGCUGUAGAUACAGAGCUUCCGCCCUUGACAUUGUCGCACAUCUGCCAUCGUGCCCAUUUGCACCACAGGGUAGCUCAACAUCUGAGAUCUCUGAUAGCCAGAGUCUUCCAGAGACUUCGCUUCCAAAUCAACAUAUAGCGCCCCUUUCGCCCCCACAAUCAUCCCCGCCAAUGAAUCCAAUGGACUAUCCCCCGCAUGGGCUAUUUGAGCGCUUUCCACAAACGCAAGAAUCAGACAAUAUCCCGGACCAACAACAGGAUAGCGACAAAAAGAAAGCUAUGAGCUCAACUGCUAAUGAACUUCAGCCGUCUAAUAAAAACUUCCGCGCACUGUCAAUGGAUAGUAUCACGGAGGAUGGUCCUGGACAUAUCAAUGACCUGCAUAACGGCGAGACAGUGAGAAUGGAUGACAACGAGGAUGAGUUUGAUCAAGAUGAGUUCCUGGAACGUCUUGAAGACUUGGAAAUGGCAGAUAUUUCGUUCUCUCCUCAUCAUAGCCCUUUACUGGCCCAUAGUGACAACAGCCCAGACCCUUUGUUGAUUAAGUCAGAGCAAGCACCCAUUUCGAUGUCUUUGCAGCCUCUAAGAGUUCCUACACGACGUAGGCUCAUCGUAGAGGAAGAAUCGGAACAAGAGGACUGUGAUAACGCAACCAGAGCUGCAGUUAACGACCACAAUUUAGACGUAGCCAUGACAGACUCGGUUCCUCCAACUGAAAUGGAGGAUCGUAGCCAGUAUGGUGCACAUGCUGGAGGAGAUCCUAAUGACCAAGGGCUUCUGCCUUAUAUUUCUAGCUAUGCAGGGGAGCUACCACCAGCCUCUAGAUCUGCUGCUUUACAUCAGAGCUCUCCCCACAUUGAUGGACUUACAAGCACUUCAGAUCACCCUGCGCCGCUUAUAACUGAGCAACAGCUACCGCCAGCACCAUUGUCACCGCAUCAAAUAGAACAAGAAGCUGAGCAGCACAAUCCACAAACGUUUAUUACCCGUCGAAGGCCUUCGCUUGAUAGUUUGACAGACGCACAGCAUGACUCUAGUAAACGAAGAAUGCUGGAAUUUCAUGGACCUUGGCAGUGGCAGGUUGGACCAGCAUCUCAGGCACAGCCACAAGAACCAGCCAUUAUUACCAUGACCGACAUCUCGUCUGUUGACUCUCCAGCUGCAUCAUCAGUAAUGUCAUCACUCGUAUCUUCUUUUAUCAAACCUCUAUCACGAAGGCCAGCAUCGUUUUUUGCGCCGCUACAUCGUCCAAUGACAAGAUCUGAAGCAACUGAUAUACAGGUUUAUGUGGCUGAGUCGUCAAGCUAUCUACCACUUUUGGUGCAUCAACCAAGAUACUUACGACCACGACAAAAGAAAAUCCUUCGUGGACGUGCUCGAUCCAAAUUUUUGACUCCUAUUGUCCAUGGAACAAACAAUACAGAAAAUCAGCUGAAUGGACCACCAUUUGGUAGCAUGAUGACAAACAUCACAUCACCUGAGAAUUCGUUUGCUUCCGAUGGAAAUUCCCAUGAAUGCUGAAGAAAAUGUUGUAUACAAAACCGUAGUUUUUAGUAAGG